GUGAUUUUAUUUAAUGUAAUUGUCAUAAACCUCUGUCUUUCUAUAUAACCACAUUCAUUAUACUGAGAAGGUUAUUAUCAAACCCACACAUAACAUAGACUUCAAAAACAAAAAAAAAUAGAGAAUGGCACUAAACGAAUCUACUCAUGAGUUUGACGUGAAGUCUCAGGCGGACGACCUGUUUAAAGAUUUCAUGAAAGCAUUAAAAGACAAUGAAGAUGAGGUGGAGAUCGAGGCUGAGGAUUGGGAGAAAAGAGAAAUUACGAUAAAUGUGAUCAGCUCUGAUUUUUUGAGGAAGUACAAGACGUACAAAGUAACCGCCACCAUUACUCCUAGGGAUGACGGUGAUGGUAGCCGUGUGAAAUGGACCGUCAAGGUCGAGAAGAUUCCCGAAGACAUCCACGUCGGCCCACACAUCUCCAUCAACAUAAAUUCAAGAACUGUUGAGUUUUAUCGUAAGUCUCCAGCAGAAGAGUUGUUUAAAUCUUUCAUGGAAGCAGUAAAAGAUGAUGAUGAGGUGGAGAUCGAGGCUGAGGAUUGGACGAAUAGGAAAACCACGGUAAAACUGAUCUCCAGUUAUAUCUUGAGGAACUACAAGACGCUCAAAAUAACCAUCGUCGUUACGCCUUCGGAAGAUGGUGAUGGUAGCCACGUGAAAUGGACCGUAGUGUUCGAAAAGAUUUCUGAUGACAUCGACGACCCAUAUCUAGCCAUCAACACAGCUGCUUAUCUCAUCAGGAUGAUCGAUGCCAAAGUCCUUAAAUAAAUAUGUCCUAACUUGAAGGUUCGUCUACAUUGCAAAACGUCGUCUAAAUAAAUUGGCAUACAUACAUAUCUAUAUAUUUAUUGCAAUAAACGUUUGGUAUUUUGGGGAUGUAUGACUCGAUCGUAUAGCUAUAUUAUAAUAAAUAUCUAUUGGCAGAUUA